UCUCCUUCUCCAUCCAUCCAUCUAUCUCUGGCAAAGAAGAUGGGUCGAGGUGCUCUAACUUUCACGGUGGGUGUUGUGGCCUUAACCUGCACACUCACAGUUUCAGCGGUUCUCGGGGGCAGUAUAGAAGAACCGAGAAUAUUUCAAGUCACAGAUGAUCCGACCAGCAGAAAGUUCGGGGGAGAUUGGCAUCUGGGUACUGAGAGAAAGUUCCAAAGCUUCGUGAAUAAGUACGGUAAGAAGUACUCCACCAGGGAAGAGUAUCUUUACCGACUCGGUGUUUUCGCUAAGAAUAUCAUCAGAGCUGCCGAGAACCAGGCUCUUGAUCCAACUGCAGUUCAUGGAGUCACCAAGUUCUCUGAUCUCACGGAAGAUGAAUUCGAGAGGUUGUUUACGGGGUUCAGAGGUGGAUCUCCUUUCAACGAUGUCUCUGCUACUGCACCCACCAUGGAAGUUAAACGCCUGCCCAGGAAUUUCGACUGGAGAAAGAAGGGUGCCGUCACCGACGUCAAGAUGCAGGGAACUUGUGGAGCUUGUUGGGCAUUUAGCACCACAGGAGCUGUCGAAGGGGCCAACUUUAUAGCAACUGGGAAGCUUGUCAGCCUUAGCGAGCAACAGCUUGUGGAUUGUGAUCACAUGUGCGAUAAGACGGACAGGACUUCCUGUGAUAGUGGAUGCGGUGGAGGCCUAAUGACCAAUGCCUACAAGUAUUUGAUGGAGGCCGGUGGCUUGGAAGAGGAGGAGACAUACCCUUACACUGGAAAACCUGGUGAAUGCAAGUUCAACCCAGAAAAAGUGGCUGUUAGAGUCGUCAACUUCACAAAUAUCCCUCUUGAUGAGAAUCAAAUUGCAGCCCAUUUAGUCCACCAUGGCCCUCUUGCAGUGGGGUUGAAUGCGGCGUUCAUGCAAACCUACAUUGGUGGAGUCUCUUGUCCUCUGAUUUGUCCUAAAAAAUGGCUAAAUCAUGGUGUGUUGCUGGUGGGUUAUGGCGCCAAGGGGUUCUCCAUUCUCAGGCUUGGAUACAGACCCUACUGGAUCAUCAAGAAUUCAUGGGGGAAGGAAUGGGGAGAGCAGGGGUACUACCGCCUUUGCAGGGGUCAUGGCGUCUGUGGAAUCAACACCAUGGUCUCAUCAGUGGCAACUGUGGCCUAGUUUAUAAGCUUCUACUUCCUCAAAGCAUGACAUGUGUAGUUACUACUUACUAGUUAGACAUCAAGUUGUAGCCAAAUGGCAAGAAAAUUACUACUGUGUAAACUAAAUUUGGUGAUGCAGAUGUGAUCUCGCAUCAUGUAUAUAUAGCUAAACACCUUUAAUUGCAAGCAAAAGAGAUAUGUGAUGAGCCUCUCUAAUGAAACUUCGGUUAA